CCCUCCUCUCUGCCUGGCGGGCCCUCCCCGGCGGCCACGGGCGUCGGGGUCGCCUCCUAUAAAUAGGCAGCGCUGCUCCCUCCCGUCUCCACACCAUCCACCGCAUCCCAUCCCAGGACAUUAAAAAAGGACAAGAGCUCGAUUCAAAUCCAAUCCUGCGCUACGUAUCGCGCUUCUUCCGUCCGUGCGUUCGUUCCGAGGCCGAGAGUUUGAGGAGAUGGCCGGCGGCGGUGUCGAGGACGUCUACGGCGAGGACAGGGCCACCGAGGAGCAGCUCAUAACGCCAUGGUCAUUCUCCGUCGCAAGUGGGCACCAGCUUCUGAGGGACCCCCGGCACAACAAGGGGCUGGCCUUCUCCGAGGCGGAGCGCGACGCGCACUACCUCCGGGGCCUGCUCCCGCCGGCCAUCGUCUCCCAGGAGCACCAGGAGAAGAAGAUCAUGCACAACCUCCGCAGUUACACCGUGCCCCUGCACCGCUACAUCGCCAUGAUGGACCUCCAGGAGAGGAACGAGAGGCUCUUCUACAAGCUCCUCAUCGACAACGUCGAGGAGCUGCUCCCCGUCGUCUACACGCCCGUCGUCGGCGAGGCCUGCCAGAAGUACGGCAGCAUCUACCGCCGCCCGCAGGGGCUCUACAUCAGCCUCAAGGACAAGGGCAAGGUGCUCGAGGUGCUCAAGAACUGGCCUGAGAGGAGCAUCCAGGUCAUUGUCGUCACCGACGGCGAGCGCAUUUUGGGGCUCGGAGAUCUGGGCUGCCAGGGUAUGGGUAUUCCGGUUGGCAAACUGUCUCUGUACACCGCCCUCGGAGGAGUUCGCCCAUCAGCUUGCCUGCCAAUUACGAUCGAUGUUGGCACCAACAACGAGACAUUGCUCAACGACGAGUACUACAUCGGGCUCCGUCAACGGCGUGCUACCGGCGAGGAAUACCAUGAGCUUCUUCAAGAGUUCAUGAAUGCAGUCAAGCAAAACUACGGCGAGAAAGUCCUGGUCCAGUUUGAGGACUUUGCCAACCACAAUGCAUUCGAUUUGCUCGCAAAGUACAGCAAGAGCCAUCUCGUCUUCAACGAUGAUAUUCAGGGCACAGCAUCAGUGGUCCUCGCAGGCCUCUUGGCGGCCCUGAGGAUGAUCGGUGGAGGCCUUGUGGAUCAGACUUACCUCUUCCUUGGUGCUGGAGAGGCUGGAACUGGCAUUGCAGAACUCAUUGCUCUUGAGAUGUCGAAACACACUGAACUCCCGGUGGACGACUGCCGCAAGAAGAUCUGGCUGGUGGACUCCAAGGGUCUGCUUGUCGAGUCCAGGAAAGAGUCUCUGCAGCACUUCAAGAAGCCGUUCGCUCAUGAGCAUGAAGAACUGAAGACCCUGCUGGAGGCCGUCCAGUCCAUCAAGCCGACCGUGCUGAUUGGAACCUCCGGCGUCGGGAAGACCUUCACCCAGGAAGUGAUCGAGGCCAUGGCCUCCUUCAACGAGAAACCCGUCAUCUUCUCGCUGUCGAACCCGACGUCGCACUCGGAGUGCACGGCCGAGGAGGCCUACACCUGGAGCAAGGGCACGGCGGUGUUCGCGAGCGGCAGCCCGUUCGACCCCGUGGAGUACGAGGGGAAGACGUUCGUGCCCGGGCAGUCCAACAACGCCUACGUGUUCCCCGGCUUCGGCCUCGGCGUCGUCAUCUCCGGCGCCAUCCGCGUCCACGACGACAUGCUCCUCGCCGCCUCGGAGGCGCUGGCGGAGGAGGCGACCCAGGAGAACUUCGACAAGGGGCUUAUCUUCCCGCCCUUCACCAACAUCCGCAAGAUCUCGGCCAGCAUCGCCGCCAAGGUGGCCGCCAAGGCCUACGACCUGGGUCUGGCCAGCCGGCUGCCGCGGCCGGACGACCUGGUCAAGUACGCCGAGAGCUGCAUGUACACCCCGCUCUACCGCAGCUACAGGUGAGCGUGGCGGCAGUUUUGCGGCGAGGACGGACGGAGUCAUCAACCAAUAAAGUCAAUCUCCUUCCCCCACAUGCCAACCAGCUCAAGCUUCAGCGACGCAACCUAAAACAUAGGCUUGUUUUCUUCUGUGUCCGUCUAUGCGUAUGUGUACUCUUGUGCUGUUCUACUUUGCUUUGCUGUACUGUAAUGUACUGUUUACGGGAGCACGGCACGCACCUGUCUAUCUGUGUCGAGGUGCGCCAUCGUCGUCGUCGAUUCUUUUGUCAGAUUGAGUUAAACGAGUGAAUAGUUUGAUGAUUUGUGUUA